AUGGAGGUGGAGAUGAAUCAGUUUACAGGGGAAGGUUCAAAAGAUGAUUCUCUAGAAUUCAGAACUGAAACAGGAUGUACUACAGAUUGCACCUUAGAGAACUACAGUUUCACCACGAGUGAAGGUGAUUUUAUACUGAAUUUCAGGGAGUGCUGCCAUCCUAUACAUUGCUUACAACAGUUCGGUUUUCGGCAUGGACGUAGGUUAAAUGGGCAAGAGUGUCCAACCUGUAUUCCUUCUCUCUCAGAAGCCUGUAAGGGCUCAGAGACCAUCAAGUGUUAUAAUGAUGAGACUCAGUGCAUGGAGUUUGUUGUUGCUUACGAUGACAGUGCAAUUCCUAACAAGCAUUUCCACGGCUGUGCAUCACCAAAAUUUUGUGGAUUGGCCAAGAAUCCAAUGCAUUUUGAUGCCCUUUCAGGCGCUAUAACCAAAGCACGAUGCAGUGAUACUCUGCCUCCCCUAGAGCAGCUCAACAUUGAAUAGUAGUUAGGAGAGAACAAUGUCUUCUUCCGUUUGAAUCCCACUGUUUCUUGCAGCAGUGGAGGUGGAGGUUGCUUGCCUGGUUGUGGGAGAGGAAGAGUGACUGCAAU